GGAGCAGGCUCUGGGCCGAGCGGGGCGCUGAGACCCGCACCCGGCGCGCUGACCUCUGGCUCCCGGCCCGUCGCCUCCGCCCAUGCCGACGCCCGCCGCCCGCCCGGUGCGCCCUCGCCGGAGGACCAGCUAAGCGCGGGCCGGCGGCGGCAGCGGGAGGUGGGCCCGGCCCGGCGCUGCCCUCGACAGCGGCAAGUUUGGGAGUUGCACUAGUUUGCGGGGUGAGAGAGAGGCCGGGCGGGGGGCCAUGGAGGAGGACCGGGGGUCGGCGCUAGCGGCCGAGUCAGCGCUGGAGAAGAAUGUGGCGGAGCUGACUGUCAUGGACGUGUAUGACAUCGCGUCGCUCGUGGGCCACGAGUUCGAGCGGGUCAUCGACCAGCACGGCUGCGAGGCCAUCGCGCGCCUCAUGCCCAAGGUCGUGCGCGUCCUGGAGAUUCUGGAGGUGCUAGUCAGCCGCCACCACGUCGCACCAGAGCUGGACGAACUGCGCCUCGAGCUGGACCGUCUGCGCCUGGAGAGGAUGGACCGCAUCGAGAAGGAGCGCAAGCACCAGAAGGAGCUGGAGCUGGUAGAGGAUGUGUGGCGAGGGGAAGCUCAAGACCUCCUUUCCCAGAUCGCCCAGCUGCAGGAGGAGAACAAACAGCUCAUGACCAACCUCUCCCACAAGGACGUCAGCUUCUCUGAGGAGGAGUUUCAGAAGCAUGAAGGCAUGUCAGAACGGGAACGGCAGGUGAUGAAGAAGCUGAAGGAAGUGGUAGACAAACAGCGGGACGAGAUCCGUGCCAAGGACCGGGAGCUCGGGCUGAAGAAUGAGGAUGUCGAGGCUCUGCAGCAGCAGCAGACCCGGCUGAUGAAGAUCAACCAUGACCUCCGGCACCGCGUCACAGUGGUGGAGGCCCAGGGGAAAGCCCUGAUUGAACAGAAGGUAGAAUUAGAGGCAGAUCUACAAACCAAGGAGCAGGAGAUGGGCAGCCUGCGGGCGGAGCUUGGGAAGCUGCGAGAGAGGCUGCAAGGCGAGCUCAGCCAGAAUGGAGAUGAGGAACCUGAGAUGGAGCCGGGCGGAGAGGAGUGUGUCUCCGAGGCGGAGAAGGUGGCCAUGGAUCUCAAGGACCCCAACCGCCCCCGAUUCACACUGCAGGAGCUGCGGGACGUGUUGCACGAGAGGAACGAGCUCAAGUCCAAGGUGUUUUUGUUGCAGGAGGAACUGGCAUACUAUAAGAGUGAAGAAAUAGAAGAGGAGAAUCGAAUACCCCAACCUCCACCCGUCGCCCACCCGAGAAUGUCCCCCCAGCCGGAGUCUGGAAUCAAGCGACUGUUUAGCUUCUUCUCCCGAGAUAAGAAGCGUCUGGCCAACACACAAAGAAACGUGCACAUCCACGAGUCCUUCGGCCAGUGGGCCAACUCCCACCGUGACGACGGUUACACGGAGCAAGGACAGGAGGCCCUACAGCACCUGUGACUGUGACCUACCUCUGUCCUCACACCUGAACCGCCCACCGGCAGCGCCUGCCAUGGAACCUGGCCUCCCCAGGUGUCACUGCCUUGUGUUCUAGGUUUCAUGCCCCUCAAAACUGAUCCCUCAAACAAACUGUCUGCUUUGAGGAAGCACGUUGGAAAACUGAUGCCAAACUUUUAAAAGAGACGUUUAUUUAUGCCCAGGGCUAUCACCAUUUCUAAUAGAUGACUCUGAUCCCUUAGGAUACAUAUUUAAUUAUAACACGAGAGGCCGAGUUUUGCAUUAACUUCAGUAACACAAGCUUUACCAGAUACAUCACUCGCCGCUAAAAUUGCUGUUUGACGUGCUUUGUAUGAAAUUCUCUACGUAGAGGUUUUAUGAUCAUGUUUGUCUUACUUAAGUGGGAGGCAGGGGAGUGGUAGGUUUUCAUUAGUGACGUUCAUGAAAUUGUCAUGGUGGUAACAUAAUAUUUAGGAUGAAUAGAGGCGAUAGGCAGGGCCUCUGACGUCACAGGACGAGCUGGCCCAGCUCAGACACAGAGCAACAAAAAAUAGGGAUGACAGCCCUCCCACCCUGAAACUGGAGACGAGUUUGCAAGAGCCUGUGGUUCUCUCUUGCACCUUGUUAUUGAUAAUGCCUAGAGCAUGUAGCAAUGUUCAAGGCCAGUGCCUUGGAAUCUGCUGUGAGUUUGCAGUACUAACCAAACAAAGUUGCUAUGGAUGAGA